CCUCCCAGCUUCCAGACCGAGCAGUUUCGUUUCCCUGCGGGCCCCGGAGGGCCGUGGUCGAGGGGCGGAGCACGGGCUGUAUACAGCUGCGGAGCGACGGGCACCCUGACUCCUGGCUGCGAGCGCUAGGGAGAAGGCUGAACGGAUAAAGGGAGAUAAUGGUUUCUACUGCCGGGCAAACGACAGAACCCAAUUCAGCCUCUACAGCCAAUCAUGAAGUAUCAACUGUAAGUGAUGAUAUGUCCAAGAAAAACAUGGAAACAAGGCUCGAGCACCGCCUGUGCAGCCAGUACGAGGAGAAGGUGCGCCCCUGCAUCGACCUCGUUGACUCCCUGCGGGCCCUGGGCGUGGAGCAGGACCUGGCCCUGCCCGCCAUCGCAGUCAUCGGGGACCAGAGCUCGGGCAAGAGCUCCGUGCUGGAGGCUCUGUCGGGAGUUGCCCUCCCCAGAGGCAGCGGUAUUGUGACAAGAUGCCCCCUGGUGCUGAAACUGAGAAAACUUAGGAAUGAAGAUGAGUGGAGAGGCAAAAUCAGUUACAAGGAUAUCGAGAUCAACCUUUCAGCACCUUCAGAGGUAGAAAAGGAAAUCAGCAAAUGCCAGAAUAUCAUUGCUGGGGAAGGGAUGGGGAUCAGCCCUGAGCUAAUUAGUCUGGAAGUCAGCUCCCCACAUGUCCCAGAUCUGACUCUGAUAGAUCUUCCGGGCAUCACCAGGGUGGCUGUGGGCAAUCAGCCGGCCGACAUUGGAUAUCAGAUUAGGAGACUUAUUGAGAAGUACAUCAUAAAGGAAGAGACCAUCAACCUGGUGGUAGUCCCCUGUAAUGUGGACAUCACCACCACAGAGGCGCUGAGCAUGGCUCAAGAGGUGGACCCCGAGGGAGACAGGACCAUAGGAAUCCUGACAAAGCCCGACCUGGUGGACAAAGGCACCGAAGACAAGAUAGUUGACGUGGCACGAAACCUCAUCUACCACCUGAAGAAGGGCUACAUGAUCGUCAAGUGCCGGGGUCAACAGGACAUCCAGAACCAGCUGAGCCUGUCCGAGGCUCUGUUUAAAGAGAGGGCGUUCUUCAAGGACCAUCCAUAUUUCAGGGAUCUCCUGGAGGAGGGAAGGGCCACGGUGCCCUGCCUGGCGGAAAAACUGACCACUGAGCUCAUCGAACACAUUGCUAAAUCUCUGCCCCGGUUAGAAAGUCAAAUAAAGGAGAAGCAGCAGGAGGUAGCAGAGCAGUUACAGAAGUAUGGAGUGGACAUACCAGAAGAUGAAAGUGGAAAAAUGCUCUUUCUGAUCGAUAAAAUCAACAUGUUUAAUGAGGAUAUCUGCACUGUAAUAGGAGGGGAAGAAUUUGUCGGGGAGAACGACAUCCGGCUGUUCAACAAAAUCCGGAAUGAGUUCUGCAAGUGGAGCCAACAGGUUCAGUCAGAUUUCAACAAGGGUUAUCAAAAUGUCCUGAGGAAGAUGCAGCAAUUUGAAAAUCAGUAUCGUGGCAGAGAGCUGCCAGGAUUUGUGAAUUACAAGACAUUUGAGACCCUUGUGAGACAGCAAAUCCAAACACUGGAAGAGCCAGCUGUGCACGUGCUGACCACUGUCACUGAAAUGGUCGUGCAUGCCUUCACAAAUGUAUCCAAGAGACAUUAUGAGGAAUUUUUCAACCUCUUCAAAAUCUGCAAGUCCAAAAUUGAAGACAUUAAGGUAGAACAAGAAAAAGAAGCUGAGAAGUCCAUCCGACUUCACUUCCAAAUGGAGCAGAUUGUCUACUGCCAAGACCAUGAGUAUCAGACUUGGUUAAAUGCGGUCAGAGAGAAGGAAUUAAAAAAAAAGAAUUCAGGCACUAUGAAUCCUCAAAACGACUCUCCAACUAGCUUCCUAGAUGAAAUCCUCCAAUACCUGAUGGCCUACCACAAGGAGGCCAGGAAACGCCUGUCCAGCCAAAUCCCCCUGAUCAUCCAGUUCUUCAUCCUCCGGUCGUAUGGCCAGAAGCUGAACAAGGCCAUGCUCCAGCUGCUGCAGGACAAGGAGAAGUACGACUUUCUCCUCAAAGAGCGCAGUGACACCAGCGACAAGAGGAAGUUCCUGAAGGAGCAGCUUUCACGGCUGACAAAGGCUCGGCGCCAGUUAUGCAAAUUCCCUGGUUAAAUUGGGCUCUGUCCCACCUGUGUCUCCAUGGCCCCUUUCCCUGAGAGGUACCCUUGUUAGUUGCCCACGCUGGUCGCUUAGUGGAAAGGACCUACUGGGAGGCUGUGAUGAGCUAUUUGGUGUCUCGCCUGAGACUCAAGGGCCCAUCCUCAUGAAGGGUGUAGUUUAGGCUGGAUGGAUGAUGUCAUCUUCCCACAGACUAACACAUGUGAGCACCAUGGCACAGCUACUUCCUGGAUUUUUUCCACAACUUUUCACUCAUGUGAUAUUUUUGGACCAUUAGUAUCAUGUAUAUGAAUGCCAUAGGACUCUUACCUCAUCUGUUAGUAAUAAACUCUUUCCAACAGACAUUUCUCCAACACUGU